ACUGCUGUAAUCUCUACUGAAUGUGAAAGACACCAGAUAGAGAUGACUGACAAUGACAUCUAUUCUGUGCUAGAGUUGUCUACUGGAACCGAAGCCCAGAAUGACUUCAGAGCACAGCAAAAAGCUUCUCCUUCUAGGCCUUCUCUUUCUUGCCUUGUGGCAAUAUCCUUGGGGUUUUUGACAGCAAUUCUUAUGAGUUUGCUGCUAUACCAAUGGAUUCUGUGCCAGGGCUCCAAGGAUUCCACUUAUGCCAGCUGUCCUAGCUGCCCAGACCUCUGGAGGAGAUAUGGUGACCAUUGUUAUUAUUUCUCAGUGGAGAAAAAGGACUGGAAUUCUAGUUUGGAGUUCUGCACAACCAAAGAUUCACAUCUCCUUAUGCUUACAGAUAACCAGGAAAUGGGUCUGCUCAAAGAUUCCCUCAAUCAGGACUUUUACUGGAUUGGUCUGAGGAAUAAUUAUGGCUGGAGGUGGGAAGAUGGGUCAGCACUAAACUUCACAAGGAUUAUUUCUAAUAGCUUGGUACAGACGUGUGGUGUUAUCAACAAAGAUGGUCUCCAAGCUUCUAGCUGCGAAGCUCUUUUACAAUGGAUUUGUAAGAAGACCAGGAUUUGA